AUGUCGGUAGGCCGAGGCGAGGCAGCGCCUGUGGCACUCGCUGAUCUGGCUUUGGAUGAGGCCACGAAGCGCUUCCAGGCCAUAUGGAGCUCGACAUUCUCGAUGCUGCAAGAACGCAAUCGACUUGCUCAUGAACUGGAAGCAUCAGCUGAGGCGUCGGAACAUACCUUCCUUCGAACUUUUCCGUACUUUGGACGCGAUCGAUCUAUCUUAAAACAUAUGCAUAUGCUGUUGCAGGCGCUUGAUACUUGGAAAAAGCGCAUGUCUGAGGGAGAUGCGGCAGGUGUCCCGUCCGUCGACCAGGUGGAAUCAUGGACGGACACCGUUUCACAACUCAUGGAGCUGCUGGCCCACACUGGCCAUAUGAUGAAUGACCCAAGUGGGGCAGAGAUUUUGCAUGAGCUGCGCUCGGAUCAUGCACAUGCGCUCGAUCCGUUGUACUCUCAGACAAAUGCAGCCCUCGAGGCGUCUGAGGGUGAGACACGGCAUUUUUCGCGGCUCGAUAUGAUCCAAUCUAUGAACGACAUGCCAAGCACAUCAGCCCUUACUUCGGCAGAGCCAUUCGAUACAGAUGAAGAUCGCGAUACUUCUGCAUUGCUCUCGCAUAAUGAAGCAUGGCGCGACCAAGACAGGCAUUUAGAUCAUCUCAGCGCAUCGAUCUCCCGUCAGCACUCGAUCAGUGUGCGCAUGAAUGAGGAGCUGGAACUUCAGUCAGGCAUGAUUGGCGAAUUGGAUACGGAUGUCGAGUCGACGGGCUUGCGUCUCGGUGGUGCGGCUACGCGUCUCGAGCGAUUCCGGGAGAGCAUCAAAGAACACGGUACGUGUACGAUCCCUUUCACAUGA